GAGAGCUCGAAUUCGAAUUCCGGUUCAGUCGUCCAUCGCGCGCGAAAGCGAGAGGGUUCUUGCACAUCUCGCAUUUUGUCCAGCUGAACAAUCGGAAGAACCGGCGAGUGUUCAAUUCAACGAAACACUUGUGAGCGGCACGUGCUGGUGCUCCUCUAGCCCGAUAAUUGUGCAGUCGCUGACCUUUCGAUAGAUCCCUUGUGCACUUGCGAAUCGAUUAAUUAAAUGGUUCACCGACCUUGCCAUUGACCCUUGGUGAUCAUGUGCGAUUUUUUCGCUUAGUGGUGUUGUGGUGGUGGUUCUGUGAGGAAAAGACAUGACGAAUGUUAACAGGAUCCGGGUGGUGGUGCUAGGAAGCCCCAGGGUGGGAAAAUCAGCUGUCACCGUUCGCUACCUAACGAAGCGUUAUAUUGGAGAAUACAGUUCAACGAGUGAUUUUCUCUACCGCCACAACGUCACCUUCGACAACGUCACCACAGAGGUGGAAAUCUUGGACACGUCCAAGUGUGCGAAGAACGGCUGCUUGUACGAGCACAUCCGAUGGGGCGAGGCCUUCGUCAUAGUGUACUCGGUCAGCGACAGGCACAGCUUCCACGAAGCCGGGGAGAUCCUGGGGCAGCUGGCUAAGCUGAAGCUGCCGUCGUACUACACGAGUCUGCUGCUGGGGAACAAGCGGGACCUGGACCACUCUAGACAAAUCUGCGUGGACGACGGACAAGAACUCUCCCUCCACUACGGCUGUCAAUUCUACGAAGUCAGCGCGGCCGAAAACUUCGCUGGAGUCUCCUUGGCCUUCCAAUCCCUCCUUCGAGAAGCCCGAUCCGUCCAACUCCUGAAGGCCCUCCCAAUCCGGAGAAAACUGGGAGUCAACAGCGUUUCCAAAGUCUUAGGCAACAUAUUCGGCAAAAACUCUAAAGGCGAUCGCAAGAAGAGACCAUCUCUUAGUAUAUGAACGAUUAGCGAUAAGAAAAUAAAUGUAAAAGUUCCUUAUUUAUUAAUUAAGAGCAUAGCGCUUUGUUGGUUCAUUCUAAAGAAACGAUGGCGACAAUAACAAUGUUAUUGUAAAAAGACUGACUUUAGGGAAUUUUUAGAGCGUCUAACGCGCGAUAAAUUGUAAAGCUCGGCUUGUGAUAUUGGAAAAUGUAAAAAGUAGAGAUAUACAGUAGGAUUUAGACGUAUCUGGAGGUUUUUGAAUUUUACAUUGAUCUCAUAAGUUUGUAAAGCUUUCGAACGAAACGCAUAUAAUGCUAAAGUAAAUGUUGCAAAUGUAUAUAUUUAUAUUUUAUAUUUUUA